UAUUUUCUUAUGUACGGCAACUUCAAGCAAGUGCAGAUGAGUGCAGAUCAUGGAUGCGACGUUUGAUCGGAGUCUAAACUUCCUAUAGUCGUAAUGCGUUGUUACAUUUAUUAAAUAUCGGUCUCUGUAACAAUGGCGGGAUUGGACAGUUACGUUUACCGAGGUAAACCUCUCAAGCCUCGGGACAGCGAAAGUUAUAUGUAUAUUUAUCAUGGGCAAGAGGUUAUUCGCCCCUUGGACGUUCCUUCGGUUCAUCCUCUGGCCGAGGAUAGUCCCCCGUCUGAAGGAGACGUCAAUGUAAAUAAGUACAUGGUCGCUGGUUGUGGACUGGCAACCUUAAUUACAGAAACCUUGUUAGUACAUCCCCUCAUUGUUUUAAGGAGGCAGUGCCAAGUAAAUCCUGGGUUAAUUAAGUACCACAUAAUACCUAUAACUCUGGUACCUAUAGUUAUACGCCUUCAUCAAACGCAAGGGAUAAAUACGUUAUGGAAGGGGAUUGGUUCGGUUCUACUUGUAAAGGGGAUGCUGCUGGCUGUCGAAGAUUUUAUUUCUAAAAUAACGCCAUGGCCAAAAGAGAUAUCAUGCAAUAGUUCGUUGAAAGCAUUUGGACAGCAUAUUCUCCUUAAAUGUGUUUCCAUAGGUCUCGUGACACCCUUUUACUCCGCGUCAUUGGUAGAAACGGUGCAGUCUGAGAUUGCAUCCGAGAGUCCAGGAAUAUUGGACGUCUUCCGUGACGGAGCGCUUCGCUUGGUCGCAGUGAGCAACAAGGGCAGAUUGAUCCCCAUUUACGCUCUUCUCCCGCCGACCAUUGCUUAUGAAUUGUCGAAAUAUCUGUUUACCAUGGUCGUUCGAGGAGUUACCAGUCGCAUUAUGCACCUCAGACACAAACACUCUCAAGAAAUAAGGGGUGCAUACAGCAGAGACGUAUUGUCCGAGGCAGUCGCACAAGAUAUAGAAUUACAAUCGUCGUUGAUAUCUGCCUUUAUGGCCGCGACGAUGUUCUAUCCUUGGGAGACGGUGAUACAGAGACUACACCUUCAGGGUACGAGAACGAUUAUCGACAACCUGGACACAGGACGUAGCGUGACACCGCUCCUUACGGGAUACAGCGGGGCGUGCGAUUGUUACAACACGAUCAUUUCUACCGAAGGACCCCUCGGUUUGUACAAAGGAUUCGGUGCUCUUAUUUUAGAAUUCACUAUAAACGUUGUAAUAGUAAAGGUUGUUAAGUGGGUCAUGACAGAAUUACGAACGGUACUAAGGCCGAAGCCGAAAACGACGCGAGAUCCACAGUGGUAUUACGAUGAAAUAUAAGAGUUCGCUUGAUCAGUGUCUCUUUUGUGUAUCGAUUAUAUAGAUUGUAUUAUGGAUUAUAAAAUUAUUACGCUCUGUAUCGAUUAUUCAUCUAUUUUUUCGUUGUUACCAAACGUUAGCAACGUUCUCGAUGACUCUCAGCAGCUUAGUCGUAUUUUUUAUUCGUCACGGAAUUAGUCAAAGUCAUUCUACGUAUAAAUCCGUUGUGGCUGCGAUCUCGAAAACGAUUACAUUUAUUGGAGUGACAUCGUUUCAAACCUCGUUGGAAAAUACUUACACUAGAAGAAUUGAAGACGCUGUAAAGAUGCAAGUUAUGAAACUGUACUAUCUAAGGGUGGCACCAUGUAUUCGCUUCUAACGGAGAGAAGUCUGUAUCCAACACUCUCGAGAAUAAUAUAUAUCACACAUUUACUUUCAAUAA